CCUGCUGAGGAGACUGAUCAGUGAUACAGGUAGACAGCUGUCAUACAGAUAUAUGUCACCAGCAUAGUUCUCUGGCUUUACUCACCAGCACCCGACGGUCCCGGGGACACUGUAGAUGACGCUGACAUACGAGGUAUUCUCUAUUGACUACAGAAAGUAUGAAAACUUUGUUUAUUUUCUCCUUUGCUUUGAUGUUGGAAAUUUUACAGGAAACAAACAAUUCUCGUCCAAAACGAGAUCAAAAUAGAACACGGUGUAAAAAUUCAGAAUUCGGAUAAAACGGAUCUUGAUUGUUUCCCUUUGAGGAACUCUUCCUACAGUGUAGAUGCCAACAUGGCUAAACAAGAACGAGGGGUUGUGUCGGCAAAAUCAUUGCCUGUUCAUGAAAUGGAUACCAACAUAUUGUUUGAGAAAUUUACAGUGGAAGAAAUUAGAGAAAUUGAAAAAAAAACAAGAGCUGAUAUAGAGCGAAAGAAAGAGGAUUUGCGAAUAAUGGUUGGUGAGAGAUACAGAGAUUUGAUAGAAGCCGCUGACACAAUCACAGAAAUGAAAAACAGUGCACAGAACGUUAUGUCAUCUAUAGCCAAAAUGGAGGAAAUGUGUAAAUCGUUAAAACAGCGGCACAUGAUAAAGGGUACAUCUUUCCAGCAGAGGAAGGGUCAAGGUCAACAGGAGGGGAAGAAACAGGAAGUUCGUUUCUAUGGCAUUGCUUCUCAAAUUAAGCUACUUUUGGACAUGCCGGAAAAGAUUUGGAGUGCGUUGGAUGAGGAAGACUAUUUAACUGCCACCAGGCACUUCCUGUUGUCACGCCACAUUCACACAGGCCUACAACUGGAGUCCCAGAAGUCAGGAAAUCUACUCACCAUGUUCCCUGUACUAACUCGACAGUGGGCGGCCAUUAGUCAUUUUAGGUCUACAAUUCUCCAGGGAUGUAGAACUGUUUUAAAGCAAGCAAGUGCUACAGAUGAGCAAAUAGCCCGAGCCCUGUGUUCUAUAAUUUUACUAGAAGACAGCACACCAAGACAAGUAUUCAAUGAGUUCCUGUUAGCCAGAACUACAGCAGUACAGCAGCUGUUCCAUCCGAGUCAGCAGAGUGUAAGUGUGAAGGAUCAGAUUUCUCUAGUGGUUCAGCUGAUCACCACCACUGUCCAUCAGAUCCACACAGUCUUCUACAGCCCAGAAAGCCCAUCAGACAUUCCCUGUAAUCUGCUUCUUGGAAUUCUAACCCAGGUUACAUCUGAGAAACAACAGGACAGUGGAUUAUUAGAGACUCAUGGCUCCAUGUCUGCUAAAUGCUUGCCAAGAUCUGUAUUAGACUUUGUGCCUACUUUGAGGUCCCAUGCAGUACCAGUGUCUGUUCAGCAUCUCCAGGACAACUGUCAGCAAUGGAUCAACACAUGUAUGAGUAACGUGACUAGUGGUGUGGGAAAACUUCUCAGCUUUGUCAACACUGUCAAACGUUUAGCUGACAUUCGCGAUGAAGUAUGGCUGUACUUAAAGCAAGAUAGCAGCAUGCAGGCCUGGCAAUCAGUUUGUCAGAGGAUUCUAAACAAGCCAUUGUCCAUCUGGCAUGGAUUUCUACAACCACUCUUCAUCAGCAGGGUCAAAGCAUUGAUUAAGUUCCAGCUGGACACUAGUACUGAGCUGACCAAGCGACAGAUAACCAAGGUUGUUAUGACAAUUGGCUCCACGGAGGAGGGGUGUAUAGCUGACACAGAUCUGGCCGGAUACAUCUGGCAGGAGUCCCUGGGGGACAUUCCUACUAACAUGGCCUGGACCACCGCCACUUCUAGAUCCACCUCCGAUAAUCCCGGGGGACUCAUCAUGAAAGCCAAGGCAUUCACACCAGUCAUUCAGAGUUUAUGUAAAACAUUUGAUGAGAAACUACAAGGAAUGGUGCAGGAUUCCCUGAGUUAUCUUUCCUUGUCAUGCGAGGAGGAUCACAGAAUGGCGGGACCUGAGCCGUUCGACCGUCUCUCUGACACGGACACGCUGUGUGAACACAUACAGACAACCUGUAAAGCCGGCUUAGAAGAGUUAUUGAAGUACCUGUCUGAACAUUUGAAGUUAUGGGAGAAAUCAUUGCAAGAAAUAAAAGAUGAGAACAUUAAUCAGCUAACACAAGACAAGGUCCUGUUGGUAGGCAGACUGUGCUCUGCACUAGGAGAUAUGGUUCCAGCUCUUCAGCAAUGCAUCAUGGGUAAAUCCGCUAUCCAUGGGACAGAUAGUCACAGAGGACAGAAAAAGCCAUCUUCUCAUAGUAGCAGUAAAAGUGUAGAAAAUCCUGAAUGGGUCAAGACGAAAGAGAGGCUGUGUGUCACAAAGAGGCUGCAUACAGGUAACAUUUACCUAGUCAGUGUAGAAAAGCUGUGUAACUGUCACAAAGAGGCAUACAGAAUCUGGGUGGACCACUUAACAGAGACUGUGGUGUCCAGAUUCAGGAGUGCAGUUUGUUCCAGAGAACAUAGGAAUGCCCUCAUUCACUGUACAAGGUGGGAUGAGGUCAACAUAGAGGAAGAAACCGAAGAUGGGAAGAAGAUCAGUUCCAAAAUCAGGGUCCCAAUGCAGGCCUCCUGGUAUGUCCAAGAUCUGCUGUACAGUCUGUGUAGAGAAAUCAACAGGGUGGGAGGGCAUGCAGUGCAAAGGGGUACAUUGCAACAACUUGUCUUCAAAGUAUCAGAUGCAGUAAUGAAAUGCUUUGAAGAGGUUAUUUCUCACAGCAAGAAGAAUGACAAGGAUUAUCUUCCUCUGACUCAACAGAGGGCUCUUCAACUCAUCUUUGACAUAAAAUUCAUCCUACAAAUAAUUCCCAGGAAAGAUGACACUGUGGAUAGUAAAACCUAUCAGAAGUCAGCUGCCAGAAUUAUCGAGACUCUGGAGGAAAAAGUUGACCCGUUUGACCUGGAUGUGUUCUCCCCCUACAUGCAGUCACAUUUAAUGAAGCAGGGACAGAGAUCAGCUGUUUUAUAUGGAGCACUGACAUCCCUGGAUCGCCUGGGACUCUUCAGUAUGGGGAGACCAGUUCAGUCUGGUCAGAGUGAACAACACAAUGUCUUACCACUCACUUCCUGUCCCGGCCGGUUCACACUCCUCCCCAUCAGUACUCAGCCAAUCAGAUCGUCUAUACAAGCACCUGUCAUACAACAGCCUCUUUAUAAAGCUAAGACUUCAGAGCCUCAUUCCCACUCCCUGACUGCGAAAGCUGCAGCCGUCCUACCACAGACAAGCACCAUACAGAAGGAGAGCUCCUUCUACAACAAGCUGGGCAGUAUGUCUAGCAUGUCCGAACUGUCCAGCUGGUUCUCCAACAUUGGCUCCAAGUCCUAACGUGGACCGUGUGUAUACAUUCCCAGUACUGGACCCUAGAAUUGACAUCAACUGUGAUCAUCUUUAAUUUAUAUUACAAGGCUAGCCUUGUUUUAUGUCCCAGCCUUGAAGUGUUCUGGACAUUCCAGACAUGAAUUACAGUAAUGUGCCUGCAAUAUUUGCAGAGAAAAAUUUUUCCUUUCUUUUCUAUUGAUGAUGAUAAAUUUAUGUCCAUUGACUAAUUUUCAGCAGUUAUCCUUUGAUUUAUUCAGAUAUUGCCCUCCCCCCCUUCCUUCUUAGAUAUUUCAGUAUUCAGUUCUUGUCUUGUUGACUCAAAGAUGGAGUUCCUUAUUUUUACCAACAUUUAACAGUUAUAGCCCUAGAAUUCAAAUUCAUGCUUUUUGUUUGUCAACAUAAUUUGAGCAAUGUCAUACCUCUUAUAACGGUUCCUAACAAAAAUCAUGUCUGCUUGAAAUAAAACUUUAUAAAAGUUCAGAUAUAUUGUUCAUGUAUGGGGUAUUUGUAUAAGGAUUUGAAAAUAACAUUAUUUAUGAUAUACAUGCUAUUGUAUACAUAUAUGUAUAGAAAACAAAUCAAUAAAUUGUGGAUUUUA